GCAUGGCAGAAAACCCAAGGGACAUGUCGACACAAAUACCGAGCAAUGAAGACACACACAACGAGAACAUCCGCUGCUUAACCACUCUUAGCCAUUUUGGGUUUGAAUGUCUCCCCACUCAGCUGGUGAACAAAUCCAUCCAGAAAGGAUUCUCUUUCAAUAUUCUCUGCGUGGGAGAAACUGGAAUCGGCAAAUCAACACUGAUCAACACAUUGUUCAAUAUUAAUCUGAAAGAGAACAAGACCUCCCAUUUCUAUUCAAAGGUUGGACUUAAAGUGAAGACAUACGAACUUCAGGAAAGAAACAUUCCCCUGAAGUUGACUGUUGUGAAGACAGUGGGGUACGGCGAUCAGAUAAACAAAGAAGCCAGCUACCAGCCAGUAAUUGACUAUUUGGAUGCUCAGUUUGAGGCAUAUCUCCAGGAGGAGCUGAAGAUCAAGCGUUCCCUGGUUGACUAUAACGAUUCCCGUAUCCAUGUGUGCCUAUACUUCAUUGCGCCUACAGGACACUCCCUCAAGUCCCUGGACCUGGUGACGAUGAAGAACAUUGACCGAAGGGUGAACAUCAUACCACUGAUUGCCAAAGCCGACGCACUUUCCAAAAGCGACCUCCAGAGGUUCAAGAGUAACAUCAUGAGCGAGCUGGACAACAAUGGCAUCCAGAUAUAUCAGUUCCAGGAGGACGACGAAGAUGCUGCUCAAGCAAACCCCUCAGGGAAUGGGCUGCUACCUUUUGCUGUGGUAGGAAGUAUGGAGGAGGUGAAAGUUGGAAAAAGAAUGGUCAGAGGUCGUCAUUACCCAUGGGGAGUUUUGCAAGUGGAGAAUGAGAACCACUGUGACUUUGUGAAGCUCCGGGAUCUGCUCCUGUGCACGCACAUGGAAGAUCUGAAGGAUCAAACCCACUCCCACCAUUAUGAGUGCUACAGGAUCAGCAGACUGCAGCAACUGGGCUUCAACGACACGGGCCCCGACAGCCAGCCAGUGAGUUUCCAAGAGAUGUAUGAAGCCAAAAGACAAGAGUUCCACAAUCAGUGUCAGAGGGAGGAGGAAGAGCUGAAGCAGACGUUCAUGCAGCGGGUCAAGGAGAAGGAACUGACCUUUAAGGAUGCUGAAAAGGAGCUGCAAGACAAAUUUGAACACCUGAAGAGAAUCCAACAAGAGGAGACCCUGAAACUGGAAGAAGAGAGAAGAAAAUUAGAAGAGCAAAUCAUAGAUUUUUAUAAAAUGAAGGCCGCCUCUGAGACGUCGCAGGCGCAGGUGUACACCAAUGUAAAGAAGGACAAAGAUCGCAAGAAAUGA